AUGAAACGGGAUAACAGAGGUAAUUCCAUUACGAUGGUCCAUAGAUGGAACCGACCACCUUUAUCAUGCCGUGCAUGUCGCGAGAAAAAACGGCGUUGCGAUCGUACGCAGCCAUGCUCGAACUGCGUCCUCAGGAAGAUCUCGUGCGAAUACCCCGGCCAAAGCCUGGAAGAUGCAGGUGCCCCAGACGCAUCGAUGGGAUCCACUGCUCUUGGCUCUGAUCUGACGGCUGCGCCACAGCCUGCUGCUCGAUCGGAGCUGGCUGCAAAGCUAGAAGAAGCAUUGGCUGAGAGGCCCAAUCCAUUUCAAGUUCUGGCUGAUAAGCGCCAGCGAAUACCCUCGGCUGCAGGAUCAACUUUCAGCUCCCACUAUGUUACUCCAUUCAGCUAUCAUCUCUUGGCCUCCCAGGAUCAAAAUGAUGAGAGCCCAACCAUCAUUGAUAUCACACGGAAGUUCCCUCCCCUACGACAGGCUCGAGAACUAUUCGACCACUUUGCAAGAACACUGCAACCAACAUUUGGAGUCCUCCACAUCCCAUCAGCCCGAUCUUUGAUGGAGGCGACAUAUGAGUGCCUGCUUGAAGGCGAGGAGCCUUCUGCGGCGGACUUGAUGUUGCUGUUCAGCAUCUUUGCAGGGGCUGCACUGGUGUGGACUCCCCAGCUGCUUGAGAAGUUGAAUUCCACUCGCGAGGAAGCUAAGGCGGCCUUCAUAGCGUACACUCGUGUUGCUUUGGCCAUUUUGGAUCACCCUCAUCGUGCUGUCCAAGCAUCGACUACCUUUCUAGUGGCUACUGGUACUAUGGCUCAUCUGCUGAUGAACACUGACGGUUUCCCACUCAAGGUCCAUCUUCUUCGGCAUCGUUGUCUUUUGAUUUCACGAGAAAUGCAAAUCCAUCGUUUAGAUACCGCAAGAUGUCGCGAGGAGCGGAGGUUGAAGGGAUGUGAUAUGAUCGAUAUUGAAGUCCAGAGACGUAUGUGGUGGAAUAUGGUGGCAUCUGAUUGGCUUCUUUCAUUUUCUGGUGGGCCCCAGGAAGGAGCGUACACUUUUCAGCCCAAACAUAUGAACGUGAACCUACCGAGCAACACGGACGACGAAUUCAUCACAUCCUCAGGCAUUCAGCAAGAAUUUCCUAUGUCCAUUCCCACCUCCAUGUCUGCCUUUAUUAUACGAGUCAAGUCCUCCUCGCUGUGCCGAGAAGUCAUCGACGCCCUACCGUCCAUCCUACUGGAUUCUACAGAGCCCGACUAUGACACCAUCCUUGCCCUCGAUGCCAAAUUCCAUAAUCUCAUCAACGAGCUUCCCGUCCAUUUCAGACUGGACCCCGACAGUGUCGAGCAAAGUCGGGGGAUCUGCAAAGAACGGCCCUACCUUGCCUGGCAGCGAGUCAGCAUCCAUUUCAGCAUCCACACCCGGCUUUGCCGGCUCCACCGGCCAUAUCAUCUCGAGGGGAUCAUGAACUCUAAUUAUGCAUAUUCUCACAUGAUGUGCAUCCGGUCUGCCCAGACCGUGCUGGAACUGCGACGGUCGAUGGAUGAGCUCGACACCGAUUUUGGUCUGAAACCAGCACGGUUCUGGACGGUUAUGCAUCAUGUCUUCUUUGCGGCUUUGAUUCUAGCCAUGGACGUAUCAUUCAAUCCACUUGCGCCGGACGCUGCGGAUCGCAAGGCCAAAGUACUGGCCGCAUAUCAGACGCUGGAGAAGUCGAAGCAGGAAUCAAAUUACUUGAUGGAAGGGAUCCAGAAGAACCUGCAAACGCUGAUGUCUACGCUUCAAAAGCACCGGCCACAAGCAUCUCAUUCUGCAGGUAAAGAUGCUGCUAUGCGGGCCAACCAGUCUACUGGCCACGGGGUUGUGGAUUCUAUGAUGACCCCGGGCGCCGACAAUCCCACCACGAUUCCGCCAUCAUCCACGAUGAUGACCGACGACUCUUUGACGGGUGUUGUACUCAACCAUAUUGAUGAAGCAGGCUGGGAGCAGCUAUGGUCUGAAUUUGUGGCUGUGGCGCCCGAGCUAGAUGCACCGCAGUGGAAUUCGCUGCUCGAAAACGUCGAUUUCAACCCGCAGCUGGAUGUCUGA